CCGUGUGCAGGUGUCUCUUCUUGCUGCUGUGCCGAGCUAGGGUUCCAAGCUGUUGCAUUUCCAUUCCAGGGGCAGCUACUUCUGCAUCAAAGGGUGGAAGAAGCAGCCCGGACUUCUCGGCUGAGUGCAGCUGUUGAACACAAGACAGGAAAGCGCAGAAGCUGUGGGGAGAAACUGCAGAGUAACUGAAGCAGACCAGGCAGUGGGUUUCUGCUCCGCGUAACAGCAAAGUCUCAGUAGCCUUAAUAUAGACCAACGUGUGGGUGAUACGCUUCAGACUCUCUCCAAAUAUUUUGAAUUAUAGAAGAAGAAAUGAAUCUUGCAUAUGCUGGUGAAACCUUGAGUGUCAUAUUUGAUUGGGACUAUGUUCUGUGGGAAGUUCGUUUGAAGUUAGUAACAGCUGGAUUUUUCAUCUACCUGGGUGUAUUUCUUCUAGCUCACUGGCUGGCCUCAUGGAUCAGUGCCAGUUAUCGCACUUUGUCAGGAAAGGACAAAGUCUUCUCGAAUAUAGCUAUCACUCGUGGCCUGCUUGGGAUUCAGAGUUGUGUAGCUGGGUUGUGGGCCUUGCUCAUAGAUCCAGUUUUUCAAGCUGACAAAGUGUAUUCACAACAAAAGUGGAGUUGGUUUCAUUGCUUAAUAGCCUCUGGCUUCAUCUUGUUUGAAAAUGUAGUUGUUCAUGUGUCUAAUAUUGUUUUCAGGACAUGUGAUGUGUUCUUGGUAGUUCAUCAUUUAUUUGCCUUUGGUGGGCUUCUUGGUCUGAUAAUUAACAUAAAGUCUGGACACUAUCUACCCUUGAUGGGAUUGCUGCUUGAGAUGAGCACUCCUUCAAUCUGCAUGUACUGGCUUCUUCUAAGGACUGGCUAUGCUAAUACCCUUUUAUGGAAGGCAAACCAAUGGGUACUGAUCCAUAUGCAACACUGCCGCAUGGUCCUUAUUUAUCACAUGUGGUGGGUGUGUAUUUCCAAUUGGAAUGAUGUAGUAGAAAAUCUGGGACUUCCACAUUUUAUCGUCUUUUUCAUGGGGUUAAGUACACUUACAUUAAUACUUAAUCCAUACUGGAUUUACAGAUCAACUCAGCGGCUCUUUGGUCCAGUUGACUGGAAUUUUUCAUUUUUCACUGCUGUUUUUGGAUCCUCUGGAAAAUUAAAUAGUGAAACAUUUGAAAAGAAGAGGAUAUAGUGUUGCAACAGCUAUUGAGAUAAUAGUAAAGUGUGUCCAGAAGAAUAUGGUGCAGGUUUACUACCGAGUCUAUGAAAAUAGAAUUGCUUACAAGAAGUCUAUGAAUAUAUUGAUCUCUUUGUAGAUUGCUAUUAGUGUACUAUACUCAUUUAUCAAAAGUGUUUUUUAAAAUUGUUGUUGUAUAUAUUUUAAAUAGACACACACAAAAUCUAUCUUGAACUCAGUCAGGGUUCAUGUCAGUAACUUCAGUCUGGGAGCAUAAUGUAAUAACAUCUCAUUUUGGGGGAAAAGGCAAGUUAGUGAUAGGCAAGGGAGGCAUUGUUUGAUUUGUAAAAAUCUACAGAAUCAUAAUUUCAAUGGUGUCCCCCUCUGCAGUGUAGCAGGGUGGGUCUCAUUGGCACCCCGUCAUCCCAUCUCCAGGUCUCCUGCUAGUGAAAUUCUGAUGAUAUAACUCGUCAGAAAUUGGUCAAGCUAGGUAUUAUUCAAAAGCCCUUUCUCCCAUGAACACAGUGGUACGAAGCCUGACAAUCCCAAACAAUUAUGUGGAUAUAUAUUUGAGGAAAUAAUUAAAUAUCACCUUUUUAAAUUAUUCUUGAAUACAGAAGUGCAUUGUUUACAUAAAAACACAUUAACCUUUGGUAAUUCCAGGGAGUUUAGUUUUGACAUGUAGGACUGAAAACAUUUAUUCAUCAAAGUCAUCAUCAGUGUGUCAUCUCCAUCUAGGGCUCCACUGCUAGACAUGUUGUCACAUUGAUCCUCAUCUGUCACACUCGCACAUCGCUGUAUAAGGCAGAUGGCUAGCCAGACAUUUUCAAAACGGUGAGCAUCUGGUCUUUGGACAUGAUAUUUUGAAUAGCGGAAAGAUUGAUUUGGGAGCACAUGGUAUUUUCUGCAUAAUUGGUGUGAUCAGUCUAUCCUCCAAGGGUACGUCUUCACUACCCGCUGGAUUGGUGGGUAUCACUCGAUCUAUCGGGGAUCAAUUUAUCGUGUCUCGUUUAGGCAUGAUAAAUCAAUCCCCGAACGCGUUCCCUGUCAACUCUGGAGCUCCACCAGCGCAAGAGGCGGAAACGGAGUCAACGGGGGAGCCGCGGCCAUCGAUCCUGCGCCGUGAGGACGGGAAGUAAGUCAAUCUAAUUUACGUCGACUUCAGCUACGCUAUUCUCGUAGCUGAAGUUGCAUAUCUUAGAUUGAUUCCUCCCCCCCUCCCCCCAGUGUAGACCAGCCUCAAGACCCAUCUGUCCCCGGUGGGAGAGGGUAGUUUUGGAUGCACUCGAUCAUCCCAGAGCUAUUCCAUUGCUUGAUAGCAGAUAUAAAUGCAUUUCUUGUGAAUGGCAAUUUUUCUCUGUUUGUCUGCUGCUUGGAAAACAUCCACCUAUGUAGCUCUGCAAGUGUCAUAAUGUUGGUCUUCAAAUGGUAAACUCAGCAUAUGAACACCUCUAGUGCAUUUAUGACCUCAUCAGUGACUCCGUCAGUCAUUCUGAGCACCUUCAGAGCAAGGAGAGAGUCUCUGGAGGCUGAAUGAAAUUCCUUCCUGUAAAAUAAUUUGGUCUUUCCAGCCAACCUUCCAGUACUGUCAGAUUCUGAAAGGGUGUGGAAACCUGGCAAUGCGGCUGUUGAACAGGCCUGCAGAGAACCAGUGUCAUUUUCAUUCAGUUCUGAAGAUGUAUUUGUUCAUGUGUUCCAGCUGCAUAAGGAAUGUUAACUGAACUGAGUGAUCCGUGGGGCUAGCAUGUAUGACUGCCAGGAAUCAUACAUGGGUCAUUCACUCUGGCACGUUGUGUAGUGCUAAGUUAAAGGCUGGCCAUGUUGGAAUGUAUCUGUCUCCUGGAAUGUGUAGUAUGGUAUGUCCGGGGUGUUUGGAUCAUUUGAAGGUACAUGUUCUGUCUCUUCAGCAAAGCAGUACUUAAUGAAGCCAGCCUUGGUUUUAGCACUUGGAGGGGCUGGGAUCUGCAGUAGUGCUGAGGGAUGCAAAAGGAUAUUAGAAGAGUGGGCCCUAAUGGGCUUAGGCAGCUGGAUAGAUAUUUUGAUGGAGCUGUGCAGCGCUUUCUCUCUCUCUCUCUCCCUCCUCUCUCUUUUUUUUUUUUUUUUAUGAAUAAGGCCAAAAAUAGGUUUUGUAAAUCUGAGCUCAUAAAACUUGUUAUGAACGGAAUAGUUUUUUAUUACACUGAUUUUUCAAAUUUUCAAUUAAAAGCAUUUUUUUAAAAGGAAAAAGUAGGGAAAGGAAAUUUAAAAUACUCCCGAGCCAGUGUAAGCUGCUUAGGGCAGGAACCUUGUUAUAUUUUAUACCUUCUAAAGCAGGGGUCAGCAGCCUUCAGCAUGCAGUCCAUCGUUGACCGUCCGCAGGCACGGCUCUCUGCAGCUCCAAGUGGCUGCGGUUCGCCAUUCCCAGCCA